AUGCUGACUCGGCAGGCGACGGAAACGGAGGUGCGCGAGGCUCUUUUCAUGAUGCACCCCGAAAAAGCACCGGGCCCGGAUGGCAUGACUGCGUUGUUCUUUCAACGUUCAUGGCACAUUAUUAAAGCAGACAUUCUUAAGAUGGUUAAUAACUUUCUCACAUCGGGUACUUUUGAUGAAAGAUUGAAUCUGACACACAUCUGUCUGAUUCCGAAGACGGGAAGACCGAGCAGGAUGACAGAGCUACGGCCAAUCAGUCUCUGUAAUGUGGGUUACAAAAUCAUUUCAAAAGUCCUAUGCCAGCGGCUUAAAAUGGUUUUACCAAAGUUGAUUUCAGAGACUCAGUCUGCUUUUGUACCUGGUCGUCUAAUCUCUGAUAAUAUACUAAUUGCCCAGGAGAUGUUUCACGGACUUCGGACGAACAAUUCCUGCAAAGGAAAGUUUAUGGCCGUUAAGACGGACAUGAGUAAGGCUUAUGAUCGGGUGGAAUGGAACUUUAUAGAGUCUUUAAUGCGGAAAAUGGGGUUUGCUGACAAGUGGAUCCUUCUGAUGAUGCAAUGCAUCACUUCGGUUAAAUACAUAGUGCUACUUAAUGGACAACCUAAAGGAAAAAUAAUCCCUCACAAAGGUUUACGACAAGGGGAUCCGUUAUCCCCGUAUCUCUUUAUUUUAUGUACGGAAGUGUUGAUUGCAAAUAUGAAAAAGGCAGAAGAACAGAAAAAACUGACCGGUCUUAAAGUUGCACGGGCGAGCCCAGCGGUCUCUCACCUCUUUUUGCCGAUGACAGUCUCUUUUUCUGCAGAGCGACGGGGGAGGAAAGUAGGGUAUUACUCCAAAUCCUAA